AUGAGCUCAGCUGCAAAGGCAUACGACUACAUCGUCAUCGGAGGCGGCAGCGGAGGCAGUGGGGCUGCACGUCGUGCGGCCGGCUGGUACGGCGCGAAGACGCUACUCAUCGAAAAUGGACCUUCAGGGGGCUGCUGCGUCAACGUCGGCUGUGUCCCGAAGAAGAUGACAUGGUUUUUUGCGUCCGUGAAUGAGAUGCUGCAUAAUGGGGUUACAUACGGCUACGAUAUCCCAAAGGACAUCCCGUUCCACUUUGAUGAAUUCAAGCGCAAGCGAGAUGCGCAGAUUCGCAAAACUAGCGCCGGAUACGAAACCAAUUGGAAUCGAGAAGGUAUCGAGCUUGUCCGCGGCACGGCCACCUUCAAGGGAUCAAAGGAGCUGGAAGUGGAGUUGCAAGACGGGAGUGGGAAGUCCAGGUUCACGGCACCCCAUAUACUCAUAGCGACGGGCGGUUACCCUGUCGUGCCGAAAGACAUUGAAGGCUCGCACCACGGCAUUACCAGUGAUGGGUUCUUCGACAUCGAGCAUCUUCCGCGAAACAUCGCGGUUGUUGGCGCAGGAUACAUCGCAGUCGAGCUCGCAGGUGUGCUGAAUGCAAUGGGAGUUGAGGUUCACAUGUUCAUCAGAGGGGAAACUUUCCUGCGGAAGUUCGACCCAAUGAUUCAAAAGACCUUGACGAAGCGAUACGAAGAUGCCGGAGUUGUCAUUCACAGAAACUUCAACGGCGUGAAAAAAGUUGAGCGGCUUGACAACGCUAGGAGAGGACUGCCCAACGGCGACAUCCGCGAGAAGCAAUGCGAACCUCCAGUACCGGAGAAAAGAUUGAAGCUUACCACUGUCGACGACGAGGAGUUCCACUUCGACGAACUUCUCUGGGCCAUUGGUCGGGUACCCGAAGUCCAGGACUUGGACCUUGCAAGCGCCGGUGUCAAUCUCACACAGACUGGUCACAUCGAGGUGGAUGACUUCCAAAAUACCAGUGUCGACGGCAUCUACGCGCUCGGCGAUGUCACUGGACAGAUGGAACUGACGCCAGUCGCCAUCGCUGCAGGUCGCCAGCUUGGGAAUCGCCUUUUCGGUCCGCCACAUUUGAAGGCGUCGAAGCUAGAGUACAGUAAUGUACCCACUGUCGUCUUCGGGCAUCCGGAAGUGGGCACCAUCGGUCUGACAGAACCAGAAGCUGUUGGCAAGUUCGGCAGGGAUAGUGUCAAGGUUUAUCACACGAAGUUCGCUUCGAUGUUCUUCGAUAUCUUCCCUCCGGAAGAGAAAGCAAAGCAUCCUACAGAGUACAAGAUCGUUUGUGCCGGGCCAGAGGAGAAGGUUGUUGGAUUGCACAUCUUGGGAGAGGGCAGCGUCGAGAUACUGCAGGGAUUCGGCGUGGCCAUGAAGAUGGGAGCGACCAAGAAGGAUUUUGACAGCUGCGUAGCUAUACACCCUACGAGCGCGGAAGAGAUUGUCACCAUGAAGUGA